AGAAAUAUUAAAGUAAAAAAGCGGAAAAGAAUUGUAAUCGGAAAACUAAAACCUCCCCGAAAAUCACAGAGUGAGAUUGUGGGGAAUGACGAUGGACAGAGAAAAGGAGAGAGAGAUUGAGCUGGAGAGUGCAAUGUACACGAACUGCUUGUUGCUUGGUUUGGAUCCGAAUGUAAUCGGAAUCGGGUCGAUCAACGGCACUCCGCGGGUCGGGUUAUUUCGCCAUUCCAACCCCAAAUUGGGUGAACAGCUUUUAUACUUCAUCUUGUCGUCUCUUCGAGGCCCAAUUCAAUCAGCCAAGGAUUUCGAUAAGGUGUGGCCAAUUUUUGAUUCGGCUCAAUCCAGGGAUUUUCGAAAGGUCGUCCAAGGGAUUAUAAGUGAGCUGGAAUCACAAGGUGCACUGCCCAGGAGCAAUUCAAGGGUUUCGUCUCUUGCAACUUGCUGUGGACCGAGAUUUGUUGAACUCUUAUGGCAGCUUUCCCUGCAUGCUUUAAGGGAAGUUCAUAGGCGAACUUUUGCAGCUGAUGUAGCAUCAAAUCCUCUACCUGCCCCAUUAACUGAUGUAGCUUUCUCACAUGCGGCUACACUACUUCCUGUAACUAAGGCUAGAAUAGCUCUUGAAAGAAGAAGAUUUCUGAAAAAUGCAGAGACUGCAGUUCAAAGGCAAGUAAUAUGGUCUGAUUUGGCUCAUGAAAUGACAGCAGAGUUUCGUGGUUUAUGUGCUGAGGAGGCAUAUCUACAGCAAGAGCUUGAAAAACUACACGAUUUGAGAAACAAAGUAAAAUUGGAAGGGGAACUCUGGGAUGAGCUUGUAUCUAGCUCAAGUCAGAACUCUCAUAUAGUUCAAAGAGCUACUCGGUUGUGGGACUCGUUGUUAUCUCGCAAGAGCCAACAUGAGGUCCUUGCUUCAGGCCCAAUAGAGGAUCUUAUUGCUCAUCGAGAGCAUAGGUAUCGCAUCUCUGGUUCGUCAUUGCUGGCAGCAAUGGAUCAAAGUUCUUCUUUUUCAUCUAGUAAUUUGACUCAACAUUUAGAUAAUGAGGAAAGUGAGAGUUCACAAUCAGAAUUAAACAAAGAGGACAAAAAUAGUUGGGAAUUUUCUCCUACUCAUGGAGAUGAAGAAAAUUUUUCCCGACUUGAGGAAAGAAGUACAAGAGGGCAGCCUACUGUUGAUAUUGCCGAAGUCUUGCGACGUUGGACCCAUGCCUUGCAGCGCAUUCAUAAGCAAUCACUCCAACUGGCAAAAUCCAACAAUGGAGAGGGUCCAGAGCUCUUACGAAGUGUGCAUGAUGGUGGUGCCAGCAGUCAUGCCGAGUCUUUGACCACAACACUUGCCGAACAUCGGCAGCACCUAGACAGCAUACAGGUGCUCAUUAAUCAACUAAAGGACGUUGCUCCAACCAUACAAAACUCAAUUCUAGAGCUUACAGAGGAAGUUGAUAGCAUAUCAUCUAAUCUCCCUCCUCCUACGAAACUGAGAUCAAACAUGCCUAACCAAACAGAGAGCGGUGGGAAAAAUUUGGAAAAUGCUAGUGACGAGGUAGUUGAAUUAGCCUCUAGACUUUCGUCUGUUCAGCUUGAAAAGAUGUCAGCUAGCCCCCCUACUUUGAAACUGCCGCCGCUAUUUAGUUCAACGCCAAGUUCUUCCGGAAAAAGUGGAAACGUUCAAAAGCGACAGGUUGUGGCUCAAACCAACUCCAUGGAAACAGAGAAAAAGUUCGUAGAGCAGCCACCAUCGAACAAUCACAUGGAUAAUUCUUCACAUGAUGAAGAUAUUCUUUUUCUUCAAAACUUGAAGAGAUCUGUUAGAGAAGCUGCUCUUUCAACUCAAUCAUGCAACUUGGAAUCAUCACAAGAUAGCCGUUCUAAUGAUAGCUCUGAGCACUUCUUUGUACCAUUUGGAACUGGAUUUUCCCGACAUGGCCAAGAUAAGAAACUUAAUUCUCUAAAGAGUAGACAGUUGCUCACAUCUCAAUCAGAUUCUUCCUUUCUUCAAACCCAUGCUAAGGACAACUAUCUUGGGAGCAAGUACAGUGGAGUGGGGGACAUGUUAAAUGAUUUGGAAUCCCUUGAUGAAUUUGAUGGAGUGAACGGUUUCUUUCAUGCUGCUAGUUCAAAUUCACCAGUUUCUGAUGUACACAGGACAUUCUAUGAUAUGGAUGAAGCGCAGGAUCAAGUUUUCUCACCUCCUUUAUUAAUGGAUACAGCAUUUCUGGCAGAUUCUUAUGAGGAUUUGCUAGCACCCUUAUCAGAGACCGAAACAGCUUUAAUGGAGUAUUGACAUGAACAUUGGGAUCUUGCUGCUGUAGCUUCAAGAGAGAUUUGUCUCCAGUGAAUUUCCUUUUGAUUUUAUGACUAUGUCUGUGCCAAUUAUGUUGCAUAUAUGUACUUUUUUAAAUGUAGAGAUUCAUGCUGUCCCAAUUCAUGCAUUACACUGAUGCAUUAAUUGGUAGGUAAACAGGGAACAACGAUCGAUGGGUUUUUGAUUGAGCAAUGAUAGGUAUUCAUUGCUUUUGAAGAUUCACUUCCUAUUUUCCAGCAUAUUUAUUUGGCUUUCUUCAUUGUUUGACCCUCGAAUUGUGUCGCGCAUGUUUGCAAUGUGCCUUUUGUGAUUAACACUUUUGUGCGAUGCGUGAAGUUCUUUAUUGUAUUUGUGUGCGCACAAAUCAAUGAGACUGUCUUGCUGCGGUUCGAAGAUUCCACAAUUAGAAGCAAUAUUGAGAAUUUCGCUGGAGGAGCCAUCUCUUUGUUGACAUUUCCUUUACACACAGGCAAGUUAUUGGUUCGAUAAACUACUUCCUUAUUACGAUUUAAUUUGAAUAUCAUGUUUUAUGUAAUGAUGAUUGUUAGUUACUUGAUUUCUAAGAGUAUUUUGCUGGAUUGUUUUCUACUUUGUAUAGGGAUUUUGGUUGAUUCAUAUUGAGCUGGAUGUGCUGUAUAUUUAUUUCAGAGUAAAUUGUGGUUUAU